UCUUUUUAUUUCUUGCCCUUUUGUAGGGGCCAGAAACAGCCUACUGACACCAGUGGUGAUGACGACGGCAACAAGAGUGCUAUGAACAGUGGUGACGACGACAGCAGCGCUCUCACGUGGCGGGGAUCGGCGAAGGUGGACCUGACGCGGCACACCCUGCCUGGACAACGCGACACCCUAGUGGCACGGUUCUCCCUGCCAGCUGUGGAAUCGGGUUCGUCACUGGCACUUGACUUGGGGGACGACCAUGUACGGCUUAUAAGUGAAGAGCCAAAAUAUACGUUUGACUUCUACCUCCCCUUCUCCAUUGAGGAAGAUGCCGCAGUUGCAGAAUUUAACACGAAGCAUCAGGUGCUGACAGUCACUGCACCUAUCGUGUCAAUGGAGUCCUGAUUCUACAAGCUUUUGAUUCCUUGAUGUCGCCAAUUAAAUGUAAAUGGAACAGCCACACUGAUUGUAAAAGCACACCUGAAUAAACUGUUGUUCAUUUUCUAUCAAA